GCACUGAACCGAACUAAAUAACAACACUAGAAAGAAAGCCAUUGUUGCUAAACCUUAUUUUUUUCUUUGCUCUUUUUGGUUUUGUUUCGAUGCUCUCUGUCGCGAAACGGUUUCAGCUUCGGCCACUGACGACGCCGUUUCUCCUCGGGCAGCUCCGGUACGCUCGAACGCGACCAAAGUCGCCACCGGUGGCACUGAGGAAGACGGAGGAGCGGUCGGAGUGGUGGGCGGUGGACGGCGAAAUGCACGAGAUCGGCGAUCACGUGCCGCUACGUGAGCGCUUCGUGAUCCCCCGAGAAAAUAUCCCCAACAAGCGCCGCAAGCAGCUCAGAGAACAAUUCAUGCGCCGAACACGCCUCGUUCUUAAGGAAUCCGAGCAUGAUCCUUGGUGUAAAAGGUACAUGGAACUGUAUAAUGAACUUAGAGAAAACUGGGAGAGGCUUUAUUGGGAUGAGGGUUACUCCAAAAAGCUUGCUCAGGAUCAUGCGAACUAUGAGUCUGCUGAAGAUGAUGAUAGGGAUUUCUCCCCAUACAGGAGUAGAAGACCUCAGCCUCAGAUGGAUUAUAGUAAGGACCAGACUUUUGGAAGAAACAGACAACCUGAUAACUUGGAGAAAGUUAGCGUUCUUCGGGAUAAAUUUGAGUAUGACCGAGAGAGAAGAAUGAGAGAAAAAGCAUUUGCACCCAUGCAUGGAGGAUCUGUUCCUGACUCUCAUGAUUCUAACCGUUGGAACCAACCGCUAGAUACUGAUCGAUAUUUUAGCCAAACAGAAAGGCGUUGAAAGAACAAUAUUGUAAGGGAUAGUGUAGUUUUUCUCCCACUAACUCAAUGCUAUAUAUGAUGCUGCCAAUAUAACUAGUGCCAGGAAGUGUUUACAGUGAGGAAAACGUUUUUUGUUUUGGUUUAAAGCUCAUGUAGGAGUUGUGCUCUGAACAGAUGUAAUGUAUAAGUGCACUGACAUUUACCCUGCACUUCUGUGUCUCUCAAAGUUUUGACUCUAAGAAGGUUAUCGAAAAUGAAGCUGGUGAAAUUCUUUA